GAAACGUCAGAACGACAGUUUUGAGACAGUAGCAGGGGAAAAAUUGUUCAUGGGUACUUAAGCAUGACUUUUAUUUUCAGACAUAUAUAUAAAAAGUUUUGUCAACCCAGAUCUACAUCUAUGUUCUUCAGCAGCAGCAGAACAUGACAAAUCUUUGGGAAAUAGUUCUAACAAAGCUAUUUUAUCUCCUACUGUGCCUUAUGGAUACCAACAUCCACAUAUGCAUAUUGUACCUGAGCAGUUACGCCCCAGAAGCCCAUCAGAUUUAGCAUCGACUCUGUAUGCAACAAAUUUGAGAAGGCAACGGGGAGAGAAAAAACCAAUACCAGAAGAACAAAAAGACGAUAAAUACUUUGAAAGGAGAAGAAGAAACAACCAAGCCGCCAAAAAGUCAAGGGACGCCAGAAAAAUGCGGGAAGAUCAGGUUGCCUUAAGAGCAACGAUAUUAGAACACGAAAACGCUAUUCUUAGAGCUCAGGUUUUGACUCUCCGCGAAGAAGCUUCAUCUCUUAGGCAAAUGCUGCUGCAGAAAAAAGCUUUGGAAAUAACUUCACGAGAUCCUCAAAUUUGUAUAUCAUAGACUCGAAUUAUGUUUAAUUAUUGUGAUAUUAUGUUGAUUGAGA